AACAAAAAUAAACACCACAAGUCGAAGAAAAAUCAUGAGUUCCAAACUGAUCCUUCUCCUCGGCCUUUUCUUAGCUGUGGCUCUCCUAAUUUCUUCAGAAGUAGCUGCAGCCAGCAGAGAUCUAGCUGAGACUACAAAUGCCGUCGAUCCAUCUGCUGAAACCAACGGAGAUGCAGUGAAUGACGCCAAAUACGGGGGAUACGGAGGCUAUCCUGGAGGCGGCGGUGGAUAUGGCGGACGUGGCGGCGGAUACGGCGGACGUGGGGGAGGAUACGGCGGACGUGGCGGUGGAGGGUACGGAGGCGGAGGCGGGCGCGGGCGCGGUGGGUACUGCCGGUACGGGUGCUGUGGGCGGAGCUACAACGGUUGCAGGUGCUGCACUUUUGCUGGUGAAAAGGCGGAGGUUGGGACUCAGAACUAAUUAAGCAGACUGCAUUAUAAAUUAAGCCUAAGAUCGAUAUAUGAAGUGUGUUGGUAAAGUUUUAUGCAUAUGAAGAUGUGAUGAAUAAAAUGCAUGGCUACACCUUGACUACAUAUGUUCAAGGUGUGGCCUGUGUGUAUUAGGAGUAACUGUUAUAUAUGCUGUAACAGUUGCUUUUGCUUCACUUCAUACCUAAAUUAAUAUGGAUUUGGUGUCUUUAUCACGUUUA